AUGUCAGGCCCGAUCACGAUUCGUAAUUUGACAGCACAGCCGCUCACUGUUAAGCUCGUAGAACGCUAUGAGGCACCGAACCCGAAGGACUUCCAACCCAAUGGCGGGUUCUCGAUGUCCAACCUGACCUCCAACUUCACGACGUUACUCGGAAACAACAGCACAUCCCGGCCAAGUGUCACAGCCCUCAAUGACAAGUCGCAAAGCUUCACGAAGCAAGAUGUGGAUGUACGCAUGGAACCGUUUAGCACGCACAAGACGGAAAUCAGUACGACCGAACGAGGACCUACCGAGAUCCUGCGCUUGACUUUGCAAGGUGAUGGAGGUGGGAAGUGGAGGAUAGAUACGCCCACACCUUCUGCAGCCUCGCAAUCACUCGUACCCUUGACACCUGAUCCAAAGCAUGACUAUACUGCGGUCUACAACCCGGCCGACCAAUUCCUGGCCAUCAUCGAGACCACAGAUCUACACAGCUGGAUGAAGGAGUUCAAGGACGAGACACCCCUCUCAGCCUUGUCAAUCCCAGGCACGCACAACUCGCCCACCCACCACAAAGCUCUGAUGUCCGUGCGAUGUCAAGCAGUCUCGCCGAAGGAGCAGCUCGAGAAUGGCGUACGCUUCUUCGACAUUCGUGUCCAGCCGGUCAAGCCAGACGAUCCGAAGGAUGAUGGCCUGGCUCUUGUGCAUGGUGCCUUCCCAAUAUCCCUGACAGGGCCCAAGAGGUUCCGCGACCUCGUCAACACCGUGCAAGAUUUCCUUCGUGAGAACCCAUCUGAGACUCUUAUUAUGUCACUCAAACGCGAAGGCACAGGCAACGCCACUGACCAGCAGCUGUCCGACAUACUCAAGGACCACUACACGAACCCAGAACAAUGGUGGACGCAACCUCAAAUCCCCAGCCUCGGCGAAGCUCGUGGCAAGAUCGUUCUCGUGCGCCGCUUCGUCACCUCCGAUAGACUAAAAGGCGAAUGGGAUGGCAGAGGCUGGGGUCUAAACGCAGAGAACUGGGCAUAUAACACGCCAGACUGCUCAUAUGGUCACGUGCGUGUGCAAGACUUCUGUGAAGUCCUCGAAACGGAGAACAUCGAUAAGAAGAUCGGCCUCUGCUGCGACCACUUUGAGCGAGCAGCUGCUGUCAUCUGCCCUGUUCCCGGCGUGACAACGGACUCGAACAACCCUGUCCCAGACGGACCUCUCUAUCUCAACUUUCUUUCCGCCUCGAACUUCUGGAAGGUCGGUUGCUGGCCUGAUCGGAUUGCGGCGAAGCUGAACCCGGCUGUCACGAACUUCUUGUGCCAGAAGCAUGAGGUUGGCGACAAAGGGGUUGAUGCUCCGGGGGAGGAAUUCCAGGGUGAUGGUGGAGUGGGUAUUGUGGUCUGUGACUGGGUGGGUAAUAAUGGUGAUUGGGAUCUUGUGAGGUGUAUCGUCACUAUGAAUAGUAGGCUGCUGUUGAAGCAGAGGGGAGUUGGAUGGCGGUAG